CCAUAACAAAAUUUAUUUGUUAUCACUCUUCUACUUCGAACAAGUAGUAUACUCCAAAUCAAACAUAAUAAAAUAUUAUUUUGUUUGCAUUAAUAAAAAAUGAUGGGUGUCUCCAAUCCUAUUUAUUCCCGUCGCAAACGGUUUUUACCCGAAUAUCGUGAGCUAUUUGCUGCACUCUUGAAAAUUCCUGAUAAAGAUGUACGCGAUCGUGUUACCGAUGCUAUAAAUGGCUUUCAAAGUUGUCCAAAUUGUAAGACCAAACAAAAUUGUCAAUACACAAUGGACGUGGGAACUCAAACUGAAGACAACAUCUGGCAAAUAACUAAUAGUUUAGUAAUAGAUCAAGGGACAACUACAACUUCUAAAACAGAAGAAAGAGAAAAACGUCGUCGGAAACGGAAAAGGAAUUGCCCAAAAGUCGUUAAAACUGCCCAACAUUCAAGCAUUGUUCCAAUCUUAAAACAAGAUCCAAAUAAAUUAACAAUUCAAAAUACAUCGGAUGGUGAAAGACAACCUCGCAAAUUAAUGCGAAUUGAUUCAAAUGAUGAUGCUGUUUCGGUGUUUUUCCAGAAUUGCGAGUCAAAUGUUCUUGACAGUGAUCUGGAGGACAAUAUUUUGCAUAGUCAAAAUAAUCUCGAAACAAUAAAGCAUCAAAUGAAAAUUGAAUGGGAAACAUCCGACCAACGUAAUCAUGCUGGAUUUUUACCAAUCCACGAAGCUAUUAUUCAAAAUGAACUGCCUAAACUUAAAAAGCAAUUAUAUGUGUGGAAAUUUCGUGGGAAAGAUUUGCUUAGCCUUGUUACAGAUGAUGAUGAUAAUCCUAUUCAGUUGGCUGUUAAAGAGAAUUGUAUUAAAAGCAUAAUCGAUGAAUUACUUAAGGAAAAUCUUAAUCUAGAUGAUAACUUUGAUAAUGAGUCCAAUAAUAUCAUCCAUUUGGCUGUUUUAUAUCUCUCUAACGACGAUGACACAAUACAACAGAAGAAAAUACUCCAAACACUUGAAUCACUGCUGAAGAAAGUAGAUUUGAAAACACUUUUACAAAAGAACGACGAUGGAUUAACUCCACUGCAUAUAGCAGUGAAAAGAAAUGAAUACCUUAUGGCAGAGAAGAUUCUUAGUUGUAUUGAUGAAAGAUUAAAUUUAAAAAGCGUAGCUAGUUUAGACAAUGCUAGUGCUGAUGAGCUGACAUUCUCGCAGUACUACUGCAGGCAGUGUGAUAGUUUUAAAGGACGCGAAACAAAUGAUUUAAAACAAGAAAUAUUGAAUGCAACUGACAUGAAACGUGGAUGUUCGGUGUUAUACUUUGCAAUGGAAUUAGGAUAUGAACAUUUAGUUUACUUACUGCUGGCUCACAUGUGCAAUCCCGCAACUAAAAAUCUUGCUGGACUAGAUGCAAAAACGUACUAUACUGAGUGCGGGAAAAAUGCUAGUAUAGUUGGUGUUCUAGAAAAAUUGGCACCUGCUUUACAAAAACAAAACAAUUUAUGA